CGCAAUUCUGCCGCGCUGCAUUCCGCAGCAGCUGGAAGUCAACGUGACGUCUCCCAAGUCGUCCUUCCAACACUCCACGAUUCUAACGCUUGAUAUCAGUUUUGAACAGCCUUCCAUCAUACGUCGCUUGAUUUGGUUAAACCUGUAUUAAAACCGUACCUGCAUUUCAAGUUUCAUUCACCAGGAAUUGCUCCACAACAACGUCUUUCACGCUCCCUCCUUGCUCCAAUCAAGGGUGGCCUCCAGAAGUUGCAGCUGUUUAUCUCAACUAUUUAGUUGCGCCGAUCAACUCCAACCUACCAAGGGUCCCUUUAGCAAUCUCCCAAUGACGGUGCCCAAGAUGGCCCUUAAUCCCAAUGCUCCGUCCUUUGUUCCGCAAGCAUUUCUGAAGCCUGAGGACUUUUCUCCUGAAUGGUAUGCUCUGGUCAAGGAGAACGCUGCAUUUGGGGACUUUUGGCUGCGAACGAGGUUUGAAGUGAUGGACGACGGCUGCGGAUUGUCAGGAGCAGACAUGGACGAGUUGAAGGCUGCUGAGGAGCUUGAAUGGCAGCAGCGGGAAUUGGCUGACUUGGAAGAGGCUGAGGAGCUUGAACGGGGCUGCACAAGUGUUGUGGGAAGCAAUGCCGCCAAUGAGAAACGCCUCAUUCGCCUGCUCCUCGGGCGAGCUAUGAGGCCAGCUCAAGGAGAGCCUGUUGCUGCCCAUGAGAAGGUCCCUCGGUACCUUCGUAACGGCAUUCCCCGAGUGCAUGCCCAGCGCAUUCAGCAGCCCCGUGCGUAGUGCUUCGUUGGCGACAGGCCUGCUUACAUAGUUGUGAUGUUGCAAUAGCUGGGUCGAGGGUGUGGUGUACAGUCUUUGUAUAGUGUUGUAUUGAAGCAUUAUGACUUGAACAACUGUACUCGAACAACUGUACAAAUUCGAUUGAAUUAUUCUGCAAAAAGGAACAGUAGUUUGCGUUUUUGAGCCAGUGAUCUUCUGCUGUUGUCUUGAGCAGAUUUGAUUACAACAAGCUCUAUACCGUAAUCAUCUGGGGCUCUGCUAACAUUGUGGCACUGCUGAGUGACAAGGCUGUAGAUACUUCAAUCACAAGGCUGUACAUUUGGUUAGACAAGACUGUCCAGCUCAUGGCUGCAUAGAAACGUUGCCGACAAGUCACUCGAAGAACCUAGAUUGCCGGCGCUGCCAGGCUGACAGAUAUUUGAAAGUUGAAAGUCUAGUCCACUCAGUGCAUGGCAAGUAAGGUGUGCGUAUGCCCUGGAGAAGAACAGCACAUGCAACAUUCUUUGAACUCUGGACGGUUUUGUUGUAGAAACAUAGCAUGGACCGCUUGGUGCCAGACUAGACGUAUUCUCGAAUCAACGUUCUUCAAUUUUCAAUUAUGGACCCC